AACACAUAAAUUGAUGACGUUUCGUCAAUCAUAAACAGGAAAAAUGGCCCCAAGGGUUUGCAUACUGUGUUGUCAGGCAGUAAAAUGGGCCCCUGUUGUAUUUAUAUCUGCUAUAGUGGGCUGGUCUUACUAUGCCUAUGUUGUUCAGAUGGCCAUCUUAACUGCUGAUACAAUAGCAGAAAAAAUUAUAUUUUUGGUACUCUACCAUCCAAUAUUAUUUCUGUUUGUCUGGUCCUACUAUCAGACGAUAUUUGCUAAAGCAAAAACACCUCCAAAAGAAUUUUUCCUAAGUCAAACAGAGUGGCAGCAGCUUGAAUCAGAAACAAAUGAAAACAAUCAAAGAGAUAAAUUAAACAAUUUUGCUAAGAAACUUCCCAUUCAAAAUAGAACAAUUGCUGGUUUUCCACGUUAUUGUGAGAAGUGUAAAUGUGUGAAACCAGAUCGUUGUCAUCACUGUUCUGUUUGCUCAAUAUGUGUUUUAAAAAUGGACCAUCAUUGCCCAUGGGUGAACAACUGUGUGGGUUUUCACAACUACAAAUAUUUCGUUCUGUUUCUUGGCUACGCACUGCUGUAUUGUAUUUAUGUGGCUGUAUCAUCUCUGAAAUAUUUUAUUAGCUUCUGGUCGGGAGGUGGUGCUACUGGCGUUGGCAGAUUCCACAUCCUGUUUCUGUUUUUUGUGGCUGUGAUGUUUGGUAUUAGUCUCAUCUCAUUGUUUGGGUAUCAUAUAUUUCUUACAGUUCACAACAGAUCAACACUUGAGGCAUUCCGAGCCCCUAUUUUCCAGACAGGGGCUGACAAGGAUGGUUUCAGUCUAGGUUCGAGGGCCAACUUUGCCGAGGUGUUUGGAGAUAAAAAGUCUCAUUGGUUUCUGCCGAUCUUUACAAGCCUCGGGGAUGGUGUGUCUUAUGCAUCUCGUUUGCAACCCACUAUCAGUUAUAACACUAUGGGAACGACUCCCAGGGCAGAGACAACAAACCUGGGGGAUGGAGUAACUUACCCAACGAGGACAGUUGACCUAGAUUCUGAUGGUCUACUUGGACAAAGACAGAGAUGGAUGGAAGAGGGAGAUACUGAAUCAAGUUAUGAAAACAAAGGGAUAGAGUCAGCAUGAAGAGUCAGCAUGAAGAGGUCAACCUGAUCCAAACUAAUUCCACUCCAGAGACACUGGAAACAAGUUUUUCAAGUCAGGAUGACCUUUGAACUCUCGUUUAAUAUCUGGAGGAUGUCAUACGUUUGAUCAAAGUGUACGCUGACUGAUGACCUCUUUCCUCUAGUGUACAUGCGUACAUUUUUUUUUUGUUUAAAAUUUUUCAAUCUCUCUUGCUGAAAACUUCCAAUAUGUUUCAUGUAUAGAAUUACUUACUUGUUGAUAUUAACAGGACAGAACUUCACAUUUAUAGAAGAAAUUAUAAAGUAAAUUAUUUAAGAAAGAAAGGUUUACAAUUUUUAACAAGACUGAAAUGUUGUAAAACUAAGGUCAAGUUGAUGAUGGUCUAUGAUGGUCUAUAAUGAAACCUGUAUCUUGAUUUUUCUCCUAUUUUAACAUACUCAUGGGGUUAAAGUUUACAGAACACUCAUGACAAAAAAGAAGUAUGGUGUUCUAUCUGUGUCAGAUUUCAUUAUUUACUGUCAUGGGCUCAAAAAGCUUGACUUAGCUCAAAUGAAAUUUUUUUUUUUAUAUAGCGCAUAUGUUUAUGCUAUAGCAAGCUGAUAGCACUAUGAUUCAAUCUCUUUUGUGGACAAAGGGGAAGGGGGGGUUUCCAUGCUGUUAGGUGCUCAGCAAGCCCCCCCCCCCCCUUGAUAGGUUGCCAAGCAGUUGAUGACACUUGGCCACUGCCCCACAAAAGUCUCCUUUAAGAAUUUAACUUGAGGCCAUCAGAUUUUAUGCCAAGUGUUAAUUAUCAGACUGCUAGUCCGCCACUGAUUUUAUCUGGAGCACAGUUCAAAGUACAUGUUUAAAAUACCUUUUCAUUUAUUGUAACUUGCUUUUUUUUUAAAAUAUAUAUAUAUACAUGUUUAUCACUGUAUACUGCUUCAGUAGCUACAUUCAACAUUCUGUUUUACGUGGCCCUCACGAAUUACCUGAAAAAAACAACAACUUUGUUUUUGUUGGCUGAUUUUUUUUUUCUAAAAGUAGUUUGUCCAUUUUGACGAUGUAAUUGAGUUUUUUUUUUAAUCAUAUUUCUGACGUAUUAGCCACGGUUACAUUAUAGAGAAGAGUUAUCUCGACCAAAGGGUUUCUUAAAGUUGAAAUGAUCAUUUAUCUCUUGGGUUCAUAGCUAGAAAACUUGUGCUUCUUACCACCGGUGAUUUCUUGUUGUCUUUUUAUCAGAUUUACUUCCCUUUCUUCGCCACUUAGCCCCAAUCUAAAUAUAGCACGUAACUAAAUGGGUCUGGCAAUUAAGGAAAAGCACAUUUUACAUUGCUACAAGGACCCGGCUCUGGCCAACAUGUUUUGUCACUCUGAGGCAGGCAAGGCUGUCUGUUGGUGGUAAAUCAGCUUGGUCUGCCAUCUGCUUGGGCUGUGGAACUAAAGUAAUAAAAAUGUUAUUCUGAAGAUAUCCCACUCUUUGCACAUCUAAGGAUACGAGUCAAUAGCUGUAGAGCUUCUGCUCCAGAACGUUUAAAAAUUAGUUUUCUUUUAGAUCAGUAAUAAAUAUCAUAUGAAUUAGUAUGUUCUUUCAUAGUCGUCUACAAAUUGUUCAUAUUGAGUGAAGAUUAAAAAACAAUUUUUCUUGUUUUAGUUUUGGUGUCGCAACAUUUUUCUUUAGCAAAAGAAACAUUUAAAAAAUCAUUCACUGUGACUGAAAUAUUUAAGUUUGUCAUCAUAUGGGGGAGGGGGGUGGAAAGAGAAAUAAAGCCUUACAAUUGUUUUUGUUUACAUAGAAUCAUAAUUGUACCCCCCUCUUAUUGGUUGCUCUCCCCUAUUCAUGAGCUGCAUGCAUAUCACAUUAUACAUCACUUAGUUAUACAUUUCUUAAUGGCACCAACAUACAACUGGGAAUAAUAUUGAGUGUAAGUGAGGUAACUUUGUACAGACUUCUGCUUGCUUCAUUUCAUUUCAGUGCUCUGAGUUUUUGUUACAUUGAGUGAGUGUGUGUGUUUAAACUUGUGUUGAGAAAAUGUGAGAAUGAUUGUGCUGUCUGCCCUGUGUACAGUGUAUUGGUGCUGAUUUGAUGGUCAUGAAACUGUUUUGAAUCAUUCUCUAAGAGAGUCCAUUUGUAUUGCUUUUGCUUUUUUUUUUUUUCAUUUUUGAGUUGGCAGCGGAAGCAAGGUCAGUGUGACACUGUGUUCUGUAUCUCUCCAUGUGGCUGUGAAAUUAAUAAUCUUAUGUUUUGUCUUUUGAGUUACACUAAAUACUACAACAUUGAGAAUUGAGGGACAACAUUUUGAGAAGUCUUACUGUAACUUCUCUUUUGUUUUGGCUGCAUUGUCAUGAAAGGCAAACUUUGAAUGACUUGAAUGGCACAUUAGAUGUUUAUCAGAAAGUAAUCAACAUAUUGAUUUGUUUUUACUUUUUUAAUAUAUAUAUAUAUUGACAUUGUAAUUGAACGCAGUCAUCAUGUUGAAAGAUUUAUAAUUUUUUAAAAUUUAUUUAAAUUAUGAAGGAAAAUGUCAUGAAACUCAUGCACCUAUUACACGACACAAUUGUAAUAAAUAGUAAUGAAUAUGUUUAUCCUUUUUUUUUCACACCUCUCCUUGGAAGUGAUAAUGUAUAGAAUAUUAGAGAGGAUUGACUUAGUAACGAAUGCCCACAGUUGAUUUCUAAUGUUUAUAUCAUACAAUGUAUUUAUUGAUUACACUUAGAUUUUAAUUGCUUUAUUUAUUUCCAUAUAUUUCCUUUUCUUUUAACCUAAAGUCUGUCUGAUGCUGAGUAUACAAUCCCCCAAGACUUAUCAAAGUUUUUACCGAUUUUAUUUGUAUCUUGGAUUUUUGAAGCAUUUUGAUAUACGGGGUUAGAUGGGAGGUUGGGUUCAAAGUUCAUGGCACUGAAAGUUCAAAUCUUGUGGCAAUAUUUCCAUUUCCUUUGGCCUAUUAUCCAUGAGACUCAUUGUAAACUGUGACUCCAUGGGAUGUUGAACAUCAAGAUAGAUAACUGCCUCAUUGUAUCAUUGCACAAAUGCAUUUAGUCUCUGUGUAGUCCAAACAGUACAAGACUGAGCAAGAAGAGUUAAUGCCCUUGUCUCCCUCAUCCAUUUGUAUUUAAAAUGAAAAGACUUUGUCUCUGAUGAUUUUUUUAUGAUCUUAACUACGUUUUUUUUUUUAAAAAAAGGUGCCCCUGACAUUGAUCUAGUGUUUUGUUUGAAUGAAUUGGACUUGCAUUACACUUUUUGAAAAUGUGUUGACUAUUUUAUAAGAACUUGAAGACCAGGAGACUUUUACAGAGCUACAAUACAAUCAUCAAAUUGACAACUUUAUUUACUGUAUCUAUCAGAUCAUCAUUUAUGUAGUGCUAGAACUUUUUUAAACUCAAGUUUUUUUAAGUUGGGUAAAAAUGGAUAAAAGAAAGACAUGAAACCGUUUUCAUCUUGACAGACCAUGUGUGAGUGUGUUGCUGGAAGAGUGUUGUGUAAAUAGGACCCAAUGAUGUUCACUUGAUAACAAAAACAUUGGCUGAAAAUAAAAUUGAUACUUGUCAAUGAUUGAAUACUUUUUGGUCAAACUAUUUCAUACGUUUAAUGACCCGCUGAAAAUAUUAAACAUGUCAUUUUAUUUAUAA